AUGGCCGAUACCAUUGAACGCAACGAGGCCACGACUAUGAUGGCCUCCCCUCCUUCUCACCCCACCACGCCCUCGUCGUCGCGUCCCAACGAAGACGAGACCACUCCGGAAAGCUCGCGGAUGUCAUUCAAGACGCGGCGGACGACGCUCCCUUCAAAGAAUGGCGCACCGAAUGCCGCUGGUACGCCACCAUAUACGUCGUCCGAAAGCGUGCUGCGUGCGCAAUCGGAUGCAGCGUCGUCUUCUUCGGGUACCCCACGCCAGGCUCCUGAGCUUGCGGCCGACGAGCUUGCACAUACCGGUCAUCAUGGCGCAACGCAUGGUGCGCCGCCCCAUCUCGAUAUCGCGAAUUACCCCUCUGCCGAGCUGCUCAAGAUGCUCGCUGCGCUGCUGCAGCAUAUCGCUACCUCUAAUGAUCAAUUGCGACCCAUGAACAGCGCGCGUGUACAAGAACAGGCGAAUGGGGGCUCACUCCAUACCGAGUCGCGGGCGUCGAGCUCCCAGGCCACACUCAUGCUGAACGACCCGCGCCGCCCCACGACCACGACUGCGGCCCUCGCAACACUAAACGCGCCAAGCAGUACACUCUGCUUCCAUGCGCGCCAUAUUCCCAGCAUCAGCAUCGAGGCAUACCUGCUGCGUAUCCUAAAAUACUGCCCGACCACCAACGAUGUGUUCCUUAGCCUGCUCGUCUAUUUCGACCGGAUGAGCAGGGUAGGCGUUACAGGGGCAUUCCCAGGAGACCCGCAGACCGAGAAAAGCCGGCCAUCUAGUACUGAGGAUGGCGAGGCGAUGGAGAGCGACCCCGAGGAGGGCGCCCCCGAGGAAGUCACCUUCCCUGGCCUUCGUGGCUUUGCGAUUGACAGCUACAACGUACACCGUCUCGUCAUUGCGGGUAUCACGGUUGCAAGCAAGUUCUUCAGCGACGUGUUUUACACCAAUGCGCGCUACGCCAAAGUCGGCGGUCUUGCUGUCCACGAACUCAACCAGCUCGAGCUCCACUUUUUGCUCCUGACGGAUUUCCGUCUGACGAUUCCCAUCUCGGAGAUACAGCAGUACGGUGAUCAGCUUUUAGCUUAUGCAAGCGACCGCUCCGCAUCUUCUACUGUACCCCGGCCGAUUACUGCGCCGGAGACGACGACAACAGAUGCGGAAACGGCCGUUUAA